AUGGCCUGCGAUCGCCUGAUAGAAUGCAAAGGUGAUAAAUCGUCUUAUAUCAAGCACCUAGAAUUACGCAUUAUUGAAUUAGAUAAUGCCUAUUCGCCGUCUUCUCCUGAAGCCCAGAGGCCUUGUACAGUCUGCCAGAAUCCUUCUCACUACAUACAGGGCGUUGAAACACAGGUUUCUGCUGAUGAUUUUGAUCAUCAACAGAGAAUCCCUGAGAGUUCACUCCAAAUAUUCUUCUACGAACCACGAAACAAGUGUGAGUUGCCAGUCACAGCAGGGACUCCUUUGCCGACGAAAGCCACAACACGUGAAUUGCAUCGUUUGUCCUCAUUCGCAUCUUUUAUCAGUAUUCUCCCUGAAUCAGAUGACUGGAAAAGAUGGACAGCCAUUGGUGAAUUAAAUCGAAAGGAGAUUGUUCAUCAGUUGGUAUCCGGGCCAACCCUACCAGAACAUACGUUCUUAUCGACAUCAGCCCUUACGACUCCAGAGUUGUCGAUCCUACUUGAUUACAGCAAGUGCAUACCGAGAGAAGAGAUGGAUACUACGGCUUUGGCAUGCUUUCAAGAACUCAUAUUCUGUUCAAUGUGCGCAGUGGCUCUGGAGGUCGCCCCUAAAGAACAUGUCUUUCAAGCUAUGCGGUCGAUUUUCCGGUCUCAUGCUACAGAAAAAAGCCUAAGGGGCCGGAUUCGUGGUGCGAAAUGGGCAAAUAGGGUCAUUGACAUCUUGUCUGGCACUACAUGGGGCUUGUGUAGUUGGGAUAUCAUCUAUAAUGUCAAACAUCGGGUCAACUUUUUUAGUCAAUUCAAUGACUACUCUAUCGAUCCCUAUGACUUGAAGGCAAAGCUGAAAAAAAGAUUCUAUCCAAAGGAUCAACAAGUGAUAACAAUUCCUUUCGCAAUUCCUUCUAUUAUACGAACUAUCUAUAGAAAUCGUAUAUCCACCACCAGCAAGCUUUUCAUAUUUCCCCAGCUAAUCUUCAAAGUCGACCAUCUUGAAACACCCAAUGAAUCAAUUCGUACGGUCUCUAAUUCGCCACUAAGCUUAACAAUCGAUGGUGCUUCUCAAGAGCACUCUCCAUCCAGCCCCAUGGAAUGUUCUCCCGGCACAACAAACAACGAAGAAACAAUGGAUUGUAUGGUCAGCGACAAGACCUGUCCCCUGGAAAGUAAUGUUUGUCAGCAAAAUGUGAUUUGCGAUUCUGAGCAAUUUCUUGAUCGCGAAUUAUCUUACGUGCCGACGUCUGGUCAUCACUCCAGCCCUGUCAGUCAGCACCAAGACAGAGAACUCGAGUCGUAUAAUUUCACCCCAACCACACUGCAAUCUUUACCAGGAAACCAACAUGAUGGUAGUGAUCAUAUCCUGCCACCAACUGAACCCGACCGGUGGACCACCCCGAGUUUAGUUUGGGACGUCCCAGGCAAUUUGAACCCGCUGCAACACGAACCAUUACCCUCGAGUCUCUGGGAUCAAGUUUGGUCUUGGAGAGACGAUGGGAACGACAGCAUGCAACUGGGAAACUACUCUGAUCCACCACAGCUGACGACAUCGGCUCAGUUUAUCCCACCGCAAGGCAAUUUGAACCCGCUGCAACACGAACCAUUACCCUCGAGUCUCUGGGAUCAAGUUUGGUCUUGGAGAGACGAUGGGAACGACAGCAUGCAACUGGGAAACUACUCUGAUCCACCACAGCUGACGACAUCGGCUCAGUUUAUCCCACCGCAAGGCAAUUUGAACCCGCUGCAACACGAACCAUUACCCUCGAGUCUCUGGGAUCAAGUUUGGUCUUGGAGAGACGAUGGGAACGACAGCAUGCAACUGGGAAACUACUCUGAUCCACCACAGCUGACGACAUCGGCUCAGUUUAUCCCACCGCAAGGCAAUUUGAACCCGCUGCAACACGAACCAUCACCCUCGAAUCUCUGGGAUCAAGUUUUUGGUUUCACAAAUGAUAGAAAUGAUGGCAUACGACAACAUGGAAGCCCCAGUAUAGAUCCAAUCUUCAGCUUCAGUCUUGACGUAUUGCAAAGCAGCCCUCGCCUGCCACGAUCAACUGACUCGGGUGAACUCUGGAACAUGCAAUCACAAAGCCACCCCAACCUGCGGCAACGCGGAACCCCAUCGUCGAGCCUCUGGGGCCAGGUUUGGCGUUGGACAAAUGGCGAAAGUGACAGUAUAGGGCAACAGGAAAACUAUAACCAACCACUUUUGGCCACCUCAAGUCAAGCUGACGGUCAUAUGCUACAAGGGAAUUUUGACCCAAUACCACCGACCGACCAUAGGCAAGUACACCAUCAGGGCAACCCUAUGCUGCAGCAAGGUCUCUUAGGUAAUCACUCGUCACCAUCCACUUUUCCCAAAGACUUGUAUAAUCGCCAAGCUGCAGGAUAUUCGGACGCAGCCUACCAGAAUCCCUUUUGGGCUGCGAAGAGUCCGGUUUUAGUAAUAUGA